GGUCUUUUUUUAUGAUUUCUAUUUUUGAAUGUUUUUGAUCGCUUUUUUUUAUUGGUGUGGCUGCUGCGUUUUUUGAUCAUUUUGGGGUCGGGGAACAAGUUGGGGGAGACCAUGAAGACAACUCGGAAAUGUCGAGCACUCUUGGCCGUAGGUUUGAAUUUGGUGGCUCUGUUCUUUUCGACGACUGCUUUCAUCACGACUUAUUGGUGCGAGGGGACGCAGAGGGUCCCUAAGCCGAACUGCAGCAAAGACAGGAAACACAACUGCAUCAACUAUAACGGCAACGACACCAACCAGAACAAAGUGCACUACAGCUGGGAGACGGGAGACGACAGAUUCCUCUUUCGACAUUUCCACACCGGGAUCUGGUACUCGUGCGAGGAGAACAUCAACGGAGGAGGUGAGAAGUGCAGGAGCUUUAUUGACCUGGCGCCAGCAUCUGAAAGAGGUGUCCUUUGGCUGUCCGUCGUGUCCGAGGUGUUGUACAUCAUGCUGCUUGUAGUUGGUUUCAGUUUAAUGUGCCUGGAGCUCCUUCACUCGAGCAACGUGAUCGAUGGACUCAAGCUGAACGCCUUUGCCGCGGUAUUCACUGUGCUAUCAGGUCUCUUGGGGAUGGUGGCCCACAUGAUGUACACACAGGUGUUCCAGGUGACUGUCAGCCUGGGGCCUGAAGACUGGAGGCCGCACACCUGGGAUUACGGCUGGUCCUUCUGCCUGGCAUGGGGGUCUUUCACCUGCUGCAUGGCAGCCUCGGUCACCACCCUGAAUUCCUACACCAAGACUGUCAUUGAAUUCCGGCACAAGCGCAAGAUGUUUGAGCAGGGACUCCGUGAAGAACAGACUUUCAUUGACCAGGAGGCCAUCAGCUAUUACCGCGAUCGCUCAGUCCAGUCCAUCUCCAGCUCUGUAGAAGUGUUUCCCGGAGGGGGAACCAAAGCAAUGGUCCCCGCUGCUUCCAUGGACAUGGGCGAAAUCCGUGAGUCUCUGGGGGAAGAACAGUGCUGAGAGCACUGAAAGCUCCAGGAUGGAGUGGCACCAUGCCUGCCAGCUUGGACUUCCUUCACCCCCAUUUAACUAAUGGAACGGUCACUUCCAGGGCAGCUCACACACAAAGUGUGUCCAAAAAAAAGAAUAAUAGACAUGGACUUCACGGACAUGGCUGGACGUCUCUCAUGACCUAUUAUUAGUUUUUAAUUCUAAUAACAAUAGAGACCUUCUUAAUUUUCAAUCCAUAUGCUGAACUUUCUUUAUUUUGUCCCAGAGAAGGGAUCAUUCAGCCUGGUGGACCGCUGGCAUCUGGAUGUCAGAGUAGAACAGAAGCCCAGACUGAUGUACUUUUUCUUUCAUUUCAGAGUUGCAUUUUAUUUUUUUAUUUGUUUUUCCUUUCUUCUUUUCAGAACUUGCUUAGCGUGUCAGUUUUUCUUUAUUCUAUAAGAGGUGAAUUUGUCCCUUUUAAUAAUGACGAGCCACCUGAUAUUGAUGUCAUUAGGGUGUGACUGAGAGGAGUGGGUGCCCAUUUAUUUCAGGUCUCUGUGCCAAAUAA